AAAAAAACUCUCUCUUGUUUAAUGUAUGAUGUGGGAAGCAUUGUGUACAAUCUGUACUUGUUUCGCAGCAGUGGCGGAUUUAGAGGGGGCGCAGCCGGCCCUAUGGAUUAAUAACAAAGUUAAUCGCAAGGACAGUUUACCUACCGUGACGUCAUCACGUUUUGUCAUUCCUGCCAUUGCUUUCCGAUUUUUGUUUUCAAUCGUUGGAACAGUUUAAAUGACAGAAAAAGUAAACAAUGACACACUGAAUAUAACUCACCAUAUAGGAGGAAGAGCAAUCGUUCUGGUGUAACAGUUCACAGAUUUGCAGGGUGAAGCCAGAAGACAUGGCCAGUGUCAGAUCAAGCGAGCUACUGGCACGACUUUGGAUCGAUGACCUUGACGCUAUCCUGCCGGAGAAGAGGUUACGCUGGUUUGGGCACGUUGCUAGAUUCAGUGGGGCAAUCAAUAAUGUCUUCAACGUGAAAAAAGAGGGAGGACAACAACCAGGGAGACCUAAGAUGACCUGGAAAGCACAGCUAGAAAAAGACCAGCGUGAGUGGGGACUUCGUGAUGUCAACCCAUUGGACAGAGAUGCCUGGAAGCCAAAUGUUAGGUCUGCCAUGCGUGCAGCAAGCAAGUUACCUGGAAGGGAGCCCACUGCUGUGGAAGAUGCACCUAACUCUGCACGUUAAUCAAAAUGCCGAUGAUGAUGAUGAUGAUUUUAUAAUCCUAUACGUGUAUUUCAGUCUUAUAAUUUAUGAUACAAGAAGUUGAGACUUGGAACUAGAUCAAAUGUUAUAAUUUAUUAAUUUGGUUCAUAUAUUUGAUUUAAUGAUUUAAUGGAAAUUUUGCAUAGAAAUUCAAUUUUUCGCAAAUAAUUUAAAAAUUUUGGUCUCCAACCUCCACUUUUUUUUUGGUUCCAUUCUAAAUAUUUUAAGACAAGGCCUUGAAAAUUAUGUGAAAUUUUAGAAAUUGACAUUACUCCUAGUAUGUUUUUUUUUUAACUCUCAAAUUUGAUAUCAUGAAUUUUUUCAUAUAUCAAGUGCAAAAAGGUUAUUAUUUAUUUACUUGUAUUAAACUUCUUUUUUUUUUAUCUGUAUUGUUAGAAGACAUGAUUAUGUAUCUAUCUUAUGUAAUGGUUGAUUUCUGUUGCUUAUAUUUUGUUGACAACUACAGACAAAUCAAGUUGAAUUGAAAAGAUUUUAAAUGCAAAAAGAUCAUGUUUAGAACAUUGUAACUCAAUAACAAACAUUGUGACCCCAGUUUUUCUUUUCGGUUUUCUAAUUCUCCUUCAAGAUAGAAAUUAAAAAUACACUUCCCAAAAAAUUGACAUUACUCCAAAUGUCAGGUGCGAACAUCUUUAAGGAGGAAUGCUACGUGCACCAGGGGGCGCAAUGCCUAUCACUGUUCUCUCCCUAAGGAGGAAUGCUACGUGCACCAGGGGGCGCAAUGCCUAUCAUUGUUCUCUCCUUUAAGAUGAAUGCUACACCAGAGAAAUUUGAUAUGGGUGAAAAGAGAAGGAUAUUUACAACAAUAUUUUGAAAUUGAAAACUUUUAAAUUUACUUUAUCUAGUCAAAAAUGUCAAAAUCAAAGUGUUAGUAGAAAUAUCGGGGGGGGGGGGGGGGGGGGGGGGGGUAACCCCUGCUGGAGUCGGACCAGCGAUCUGCUGUUCAGAAGUCGACGUGCUAACCUACUGAACUACUCGGCUAUAAAAUGAUAUUGGAAAUAAAUAGACAAAUAUUGCUGGUAUUAUUUUCAUUCUAUGCUUAAAGGGAAGUCAGCCAUCGUGACGAUGUUGAGUACCUCGUUAAUAAGGCUAUUAGAUUUCUCCAGAAAAAUCCGCCAUUAUGACGAUGUGGAGUACAUCCUUAAGAGAAAUAUUGUUCUCAGUGUUACAGUGAUUAUUGCAACACAUGAGUCGCUUCUGUACAUUUCAUUUUAAAAGUGUGACUUCAUUCAGAUAGAAGUAUGAACGGGCAAACAGGUGCUAGACAAUGAGACCCCUACCAAUGUCUUGUUUUGUUGACUUGCUUCUACAAUGUAGCAAUCAGAACAUUAUAACCUUUGGUUGAUAAAAGGCUGUUUGUUAUUAUUAUAUGUAUUAUUAUUAUAGUUUUUGUAAAUCCGAUUUCUUUAUGUCAAAUUUAACAACUUUCCGGUUCAUUAAGUUUUCUAAACUAUUUAUAUUCUACUCAUAACUAUAAAUCUGCAAGUCGACAUUUAAUUUCAAUCGGUUGUGAUUAGUUCCCAAUAUACGGUAUAAGGACUGGACCGUUGUUCAAGAUCUAGGGAUAAACCGAAGGGCUUGGUAUGGUGACUGAUUUGUACCAUUUUAGUUCCCUACCGAAUUGUGUACCCAAUCGUAGCUACUCGACUAUUUCCGUAACCACAAAUGAACGAAAAAAGAGGAGCGUGAUCCGGUUGUUGUUUACCAUCGAGAUAAGAGAAGCAAAGUACGUCUUUCUGAUGAAGUGUGGUUCUAUUGCUACAGUUUUUCUAUAGUCCAUUUGGUUUACAAGAGAAGCGACUUCUCAAAAUACUUUGAAGAAUAGUUGUUCUUUAAUAAAUGUGUAUUAUUAAUGAUAGCUUCACAAGACGAAAGCUUAAUUACGUCUUGACUUAAUCUUUGAUUCAACAAAAUUCGUGGCUUUGAGUUUAUCUCAAUAAAGUGAAAACGUAAUUAACGUUGUUAAAAUUGCAGCAGGAUUUCAAAAACAACAAAAUAUAAAUGUUUGUUUUUGUUGUUUUUCUUUUCUUGUGUGUCACAUACAAAUUGAUGUAUGCAUGUGUGUGUGUGUGUAGAAUUUUUUUUUAUCAUUAUUAUUUGCGCUUGCUUAAAUAAGUUAUACGGCAUCUCAUUGAAAGAAAACCUGAGCGCUUGGACUGCGAGCUCACCGAUUAUAAGCUCACGGGUAACGUCAUGUAGUGUCCAGCUAUUGACCCAGCUUCCGCUGUAGGUGACGGUAUUAUGCAACAUAACGGAUGUAUCUGUACGAACAUCACAGAUCCUCCUUCCCCUAUCAUUUCAGACACAAAUUAAAAUGGCUAGGGAUGUAGGGUUCAACCUAGUAAAAAAAAACUGAAAGAGGCCUUUCUUCAUAAAAUUUUCUUAUCGCGGUGAGUGUUGUUUUGGUUUGGGUUUUUUUUAUAAAGGGUUCAUAGAGGUAACCAUGGAAAUUUAUUCAUAGAGAAGAUAAAAACCGUGAAGAUAUGUGAGGGUGAGGUUGCACUGCAUAAUGACAUAGGACUACUUUCACAAUCACCGGUUCCAAGGCCACGAGAAGUAAAUUUUGUGGAUGAUGGCUCAGCCAGACACUGAAAAUACCCAAUACACGGAAUAUGAGGACCCAGCUGUAGACCAGAAACAAAAAACGCGCGUCUCUUUGGCUACAAAUCCUAUCUAUUCAAUAGAUGGCGCACCAAACUACGAAUUUCUUUCAAAUGCUUCGACUUCUGUCCAAGAUCCCGAUGCCAGAGAAACCAGUUCAGAAAGAAGCGGUAGUGUGGAAUAUGAGAAUUUUAGAAAUGCUGAAAAUAGGAAGCAAGGUUACGAAUUUGUGGAUGCAAUCCAAUCUGGAUCCCAUGAAUAUCAGCUGGUAUCUCAAAUUGGCCAAACCAACCAAGAAAAAGCAGCGAGGUAUGAAGGACUCAUUCAAGAGUACUCAUUUGACGUCACAGUUGUACAGACACCAGAUGUUAAAGAACUCGGUUUGACCAGUCGCUAUAAACUCUUGUUAGGAAACUUGUCUUUAAUUCUCCGUCCAAGAGUGCGCACCGCCAGAGACACAACCGACCCCGAGCCCAUUUACACGUGGUAUUAUGCAGACAUUCGCCGAUACAGUUUCAGCAAACAGAUGCGUGAAUUUGCUAUAUAUUGUGGUCGAAGUUGUGCAACCCCGGAGAAGGUGAUUUGCUUUCUGGUGAAAACAGAUUUUGUACAGCUCCUACAAGUGGUGAAUGACAAGACGGGAGGAGCGUUCGAGGCGGAACUAGCAAAUAUGAAAGUUAAAAAACGAGUCUGUGUUGUUUCCUAAAUAUCCGGAUUGUAGUCAUUAGGUAAACAUGUAAAGCCAGUGAAAUACCCAUCAAGUCUACCUUUUUAACGCGGUACAAGACAUUGUGUAUUCAUAAUAAAAGUAAUGUUUAAACCCAAAUAGUAAUUUUAUUCUCGAGAUUUAUUAUAUGAAUAAAUCAAAUCCUGAAAAUCUCA